CCUCUCCUUCUGAGGCAGAGUGAAAGCAGCCCCUGGCCAAGGCUCCACAGUGACAUCAGGAUGGUGGGUGAAGGCCCUUACCUUAUCUCUGACCUGGACCGGCGAGGUCAGCGGAAGUCCUUUUCGGAGCGAUAUGACCCCAGCCUCAAAACUAUGAUCCCAGUGCGGCCCUAUGCAAGGUUGGCAUCCAACCCGGUGGAUGACGCAGGGCUGCUCUCCUUCGCCACAUUCUCCUGGCUCACACCGGUGAUGGUCAGGGGCUACAGGAACACACUGACUGGGGACUCCCUGCCCCCAAUGUCUCUCUAUGACUCCUCUGACAUCAAUGCCAAAAGGUUUCGAAUCCUUUGGGAUGAAGAGGUGGAAAGGGUGGGCCCUGAGAAGGCCUCCCUGGGCCAAGUGGCCUGGAAGUUCCAGAGGACGCGGGUUUUGAUGGACAUUGUGGCCAACAUCCUGUGCAUAGUCAUGGCAGCCAUAGGGCCGACGGUUCUCAUUCACCAAAUCCUCCAGCACAUCGAGAACGUUUCUGGGAAAUUCUGGGUUGGCAUCAGCCUGUGCAUAGCCCUUUUUGCCACUGAGUUCACCAAAGUCCUCUUCUGGGCCCUGGCCUGGGCCAUCAAUUACCGCACGGCGAUCCGGUUGAAGGUGGCUCUCUCCACCCUGGUUUUCGAAAACCUGGUGUCCUUCAAGACAUUGACACAUAUCUCGGUUGGUGAGGUGCUUAACAUACUAUCAAGUGAUAGCUAUUCCUUGUUUGAAGCUGCCUUGUUUUGUCCCUUGCAAGCCACCGUCCCGAUCCUAAUGGUUGUUUGUGCGGUAUAUGCCUUUUUCAUUCUGGGGUCCACAGCUCUCAUUGGAAUAUCCGUGUAUGUCAUAUUCAUCCCCAUCCAGAUGUUUAUGGCUAAGCGCAGUUCAGCUUUCCGAAGAUCAGCAAUUUCAGUGACAGACAAGCGCGUUCAGACAAUGAAUGAGUUUCUGACCUGCGUCAAGCUUAUUAAAAUGUAUGCCUGGGAGAAAUCUUUCACAAGCACCAUUCAAGAUAUAAGAAAGAGGGAGAGAAAGUUGCUGGAAAGGGCUGGUUAUGUCCAAAGCGGGAGCUCAGCACUGGCCCUCAUUGUAUCCACCAUAGCCAUCGUGUUGACUUUCACCUGCCAUGUCCUCCUGAGGCGCAAGCUCACUGCCUCUGUGGCAUUUAGUGUGAUUGCCAUGUUUACUGUAAUGAAGUUUUCAAUUGCAAUCUUGCCUUUCUCAAUCAAAGCCAUGGCAGAAGCCAAUGUCUCUCUAAGAAGAAUGAAGAAAAUUCUCAUAGCUAAAAGCCCCUCAUCUUACAUCACCCAACCAGAAGACCCCAAUAUCAUCUUGCUUCUAGCAAAUGCCACCUUGACCUGGGAGCAAGAAGCUGGCAUAAAAAGUGACCCAAAGAAAGUGCAGAACCAGAAAGGGCACUUUUUCAAGAAACAGAGGCCAGAGAUAUACACUGAGCAGGGUCCAUCAGCCCAGGGAAUUGCUAGCCAUGAGGAGCAAAAUGGCAGCCCCAAAUCGAUUCUGCACAACAUAAGCUUUGUGGUGAGAAAGGGCAAGGUCUUGGGAAUAUGUGGGAAUGUUGGGAGUGGAAAGAGCUCCCUUAUUGCAGCUCUCCUGGGACAGGUAAGCUGUUUGGUGAGAGUUGUGAAGGUGGAGCCCCAGUGCGACAAUGAAGCAGUUCCCUUCUGACAGUUUGGGGAAUUUUGGGGCCAGUGGAACAGCGGAUGCAGUGGAUAGGCUCAGCUGCACUGGGUCUCGUACACAGAAUUAACGAUGAUGACUUCUGGGCUAUUAACACUCGGAAGCUCCAGGACCCUUGGUUAGACAGGGCUAAGCUUUUCACAUGCUCCUGGGUUUGUCCUCUGUGACUUGUGUUAAACGAUGACCACUUCCUUGCCUAGAGCUGCAUCUGUGUCAGGAGGAGAUGGGUUAUCACAUCCAUGGCUUUUGCCAUGACUUGGGCUGUCCUAAUUUGGGAAAGCCAGCAAGGCAGCUUGGCGGAGGAUAAAAGUGUCUGGGACUGGUGGUGACAUUUGAUGUGCUUUUUCCUUAUUUGUGUCCCUAUACCCAGUGUCUUCCCAGAACCAAUGCUCGAUGAAGCCAACCUCAGUGAAGGAGUGGCUGAAUGAAUGCAUCUGCAAACCUCCUAUAAGAGAGAGGGGCUGGAUCCUGUGUUCUCUCUGAUACCUCUGGCUGCAUGAUGCCAGGGGCAAGGGCUAGGCCAUUUUACUACAUUCCCAGGCCUCUGUGUUAUCAUGGUUUCUGAGUUGCAUCCUAAACGAGUGAGAAAUUUUUUGGAGGAAGAUGUUAAAUCCUUCUUCUCCCUACUCCACUAAAGAGAAGGUUGUACAUCUGAGACUGCCUGCAGCAGAAAGAGGUUGGGGUGCCUCUAAAGAAAUGAGGACCUCAGAGUGGAAUAGGUGGGAAGUAUUUUCUAAACUUCAAUGUGAGUGACUUCCUUUGGCCUCCAUGACUUCUCUGUAACAGAGUGACUACCCCUUCCCUAUGGAUAGGUGGAGGCUGAAUUGGGUGGGCUCCCGAGGUGACCAUGCUCUGGGAUGCAGUGUGUGUACCACUGCUGUGAUAGUAGGCUUUGGCAGCCAUGUUGGGCCUGACCCAGCUCAGUUUUUUACCCAAGGAUAGGAAUCCUUAUGACAGUCCUCAUAAGAGAUCCUCCAAUCUGUGCUCAGGUAUCUCCAGUGACCAGAAACUGUUUCCUAGUCAGUCUCACCUUUGGAGUGCUUUGAUAUGUAUUGGAGUGAAAUUUGUCACCUUUUAACUUCUAUUCUGUUUUCUUCUCAUUUGGGGCAUCUCAGAGGGGGUAGGAUCUGUCUUCCUGAGACAGUGGCGGGGUCAGGCUCCUCCCUGUGGUUGCUGGGUGGCUGGUAGUUGCACCAGUGAGCUCGAGACUGCCUGGGUUCAUCGCCUGACUUAGCCACUGGCUACUGUUUAACCUUGGGCAAGGAAAUUACCCUCUCUGAGGUUUGCUUUCCUUAUCUAUAAAGCAGGCCUAAGGAGAGAGCUGGUGAGGAUUAAAUGAGAUAAUUUUUGGAAUAGUUGGAUACAGGAUGAUUCUAUGCUGAUAAGCAUCUUAUAUACACUCAACACAGUGCCUGGAGUGUAGCUGCACAUUUUAUCUAUUACUAUGACCGUUAUCGUUAAUAUAAUUGUCUCUUAGUCAAGUCUAAUUCUGUGUCCC